CAAAGCUACGCCCAUAUAUAUACCAAUGGCUAGUUAAACUUAAAAGGGGAAAAAAGAUUGGUGUUGUAAUUAAGUGCUUGUAACAUGGCAAAAGUUUCAUCUGAUUUCGAUUUUGCAGAAGAGGUUUAUUGGUCAGUCCUUGAUGGAAACGAAGGAGGUAAUUUGGAAGACCUAGAUGCCCUGUUAGCUGAAAAGUUGCAAUUUCAAGAAGCAAUAUUCUUGUCGGUCAAAGAAAACGUCUCAUCUUCGUCCUCAACCUCAAGCUCAACGUUGAAGGUGACAAGUUCGUCGAUGCCUGAGCACAACAAGCCAGGGAAAUCUAAAAAAAGAGUCGGUCCAUCCUCCUUAAGUUACUGUGAGAUAUGUUAUGAUAGAAAAGAAAGGCAUCAAAUGUUCAGAAUCUCGGGUUGCUCUCAUUCAUUUUGUGCUGGUUGUAUUAGCACAUACGUAAAGACAAGGCUAGAGCAAAACAUAACCAUAAUCAUGUGCCCAAGGGAGAACUGCAAAGUCCCAUUGGAGCUUGAAGCGUGUAAGCCUCGGUUUCCUAAAGAGGUGAUCGAACUUUGGGGGGAUUUACUACGCGACGAACUACUUUGUGCGACGGGUGGGCAACUUUACUGUCCUUUCAAGGAUUGUUCAGCUUUGUUGCUGAAUGAUAACCACGAAGUCAUAGCAGAAACAGAGUGCCCCUACUGCCACAGGUUGCUCUGUGCUCGAUGUAAAGUUUCAUGGCAUUCAGGGAUCAGCUGUGAGGAAUAUCAGAAGCUGAGCGAAGAUGAGAGAGGAAGUGAAGACCUGAUGGUGAGGAACCUUGCCAAAGAGAAAAAAUGGAAUCGUUGUCCUCGUUGCCAUAUCAUAGUUGAAAGAACCGAAGGUUGCCUACAUAUGACUUGCUGGUGUAAGUACGAAUUUUGUUAUGCGUGUGGAGCAGAGUGGACUCAUUAUCAUGGUGGCUGUCAGGGCAACUGAGAAGACAAGUGUAGAAUGUAGAUAUGACAAGGAUAACAUAAGAAUGAGAAACAGCAGUUAGUGAUAUUGUGUUUCUUUUUUCAAUAAUUGGAAGUCACUCUUAGCAUUCAGAUGGAAACCAAGAGAACUUGUCCUGAAGUUUGGGUUUUCUGUUAAAUGCUUUGGUACAGAAUUGUCACUUUCUGAAUGUCAUUUGGCUUUGUUUUGCUGCAAUCUGAAAGUAAUUUUAAAGAGAUUUCUGCAAAA